CGCAGAGUUACGCUGCCCGGCGGGCGGCAGCAGCCUGGGGCCCCGGGAGUUGAUUGAAACCCUGCUCGGGUUGAGGCCGGUCGCUCCGGCCCCGCAGGGCAGCAGCGUUCAAAGGGGGCCAUUGUAUCCCCAGCCUGGCGCUGCGGCUGGGGCGGGAGGCGCGCCUGGGGGCGGGGAGGGGCUGUGUGCAGCCGAGCCUGGCCGUGCCUCGCCCGCUGGGGCCACAGGAGCUCCGGGUCCAGACGUGCGCGGGCAGCCAUGGCCGAGAGCGCGGAGAAAGUGCCCAUCGCCCUGGCGGGGCCGGAGGACGUGGAGCGGAGCCUGCCGCCGGCCUACACGGCGGUGCCGGUGAAACCCUCCAGCCCCGGGCGGCUGCUGAAGAUCGGGGCCGUGGUGCUCAUCGCCGGAGCCCUGCUGCUCCUGUGCGGAGCCAUCGGCGCCUUCUACUUCUGGAAGGGGAGCGACCGGCACAUUUACAAUGUCCAUUAUACUAUGAGUAUUAAUGGAAAAUUACAAGAGGGAUCAAUGGAAAUAGAUUCUGGGAACAACCUAGAGACCUUUAAAACUGGAAGUGGAAAUGAAGAGGCUAUAGAAGUUCAUGAUUUCCAGAUAGGCAUAACUGGAAUCCGUUUUGCUGGAGGAGAGAAAUGCUACAUUAAAGCACAAGCUAAAGCUCACAUCCCUGAUGUCAAUGCCAUGACUAAAGAAAGCCUCUCGUUUGAUCUGGAAGAUGAAAUUAUGCCAGUUAAAUUUGAUGAAAAUUCCCUUAUCUGGGUGGCUGCAGAUCAGCCUGUAAAGGAUAACAGCUUCCUAAGUCCCCAAAUUUUAGAGCUUUGUGGCGAUCUUCCUAUUUUCUGGCUUCGACCAACAUAUCCAAAAGACAGCCAGAGAAAGAAGCGCGAAAUCAAGAGAAAAAUACGUCAAGCUCAAUCAAACUUUGAUCUGGACCAAAUUGAAGCUACUGCUGACAUCGUAAAUACCAGGUCACCUAGUACCCAGCCUGUUCAAAAACCGGAACGCCAAUCUAACGCCACUGGUCCCAGUGAGCAAGAUUCUAGUUCAACCUUUAAUCCAGAAAAUCCGUAUCAUCAACUUGAAGGCGAAGGGAUGACUUUUGACCCAAUGCUGGACCAUGAAGGUGUGUGCUGUAUUGAAUGUAGACGAAGUUACACACAAUGCCAGAGAAUUUGUGAACCUCUCAUGGGCUAUUACCCAUGGCCCUAUAACUACCAAGGAUGUCGUUCUGCCUGCCGAAUUAUUAUGCCCUGCAGCUGGUGGGUUGCCCGUAUCUUGGGUGUCGUGUGAGAUGGAGCGUUCAGAUCGUUGAUGAAAUAAGCAGGAGCCUGACAAACUGAUAAAAGACUACAGCCAAAGCCGCAUUACCAAUCUCAGCAUUUAAAACAUGUUAAUGUAUCAAAAUGAGGUCAUUCUAGAUGUAAAUAAAUAAAACCUUUAAUUAAUAUUUCAUUAGCUUUACAAAUGCUGAGCAUAACUUGUAUGCUUCUAGCAAACUGUACACUAAAACCUACUGAAUGUGGAAUUUCAGACUCCCCAAAACAGAUUAUAGUAACUGCUUAUGAUUUAGUUGAGCAGUAUAGACACUUGCUUAUAAAUUCAAAUUCAGCAUCUCAUGACAGAGACCUUUGUUCUGAAAUAAAUGUGAAAAUUUACGUCCAAUUAGGUGACUAGCUAAACUUGUGCUCUUGGGAGAACCUUUCAACCAUGUAGCUCACUUAAAUAAAUCACAAGUGAAGUUGCUCCUGUUGGUGUUCAUACAGCAUUCCCAGAUCAUUAUGAACAGUUAUAGACCAAUUACAGCAUACCUUUCCCACAAAGCUGCCCUGGGGGAUGGAGGAAUAUGCAUAUUAUGUCAGAAUCAAAACAAAUGGCAAGAAAAAGGGGCUGCUGAAUGGAACUUACAUGGUGAGGAAAUCAAAAUGCUUUGUGCAUCAGCACUUCAGAGUAGCCCUAGUGUCCAAAAUCUUGUAUCACUGGUACUAACAAGUGUCAGCUCUAUAAGACUAUUAGAAGGUAAUUACACAUAGCUGUAGACUAAAUAGCCUUAAGGCACAGUAUAAUCAGAACCCACAACAGCCACUCUACGUCUACAUCCACAAACCAUAAACAUUCAAGGCCAUGCUGUGAGCCCUUUAUCCCUCCUUGGGGAGCAGUUUCUCAUACAAGUAGUUCCAUUGGCUUCAGUGGGACUAGUUAUGCAAGUAACUGCUCGCCACUGGAAAUAAAGGACUCACUGUCUAGCCCUCAGUGUUUAAGCAGGCAGUGAUGGGGCUUGCUCCCGCACAGUGCUAAGCAGCUCCCUAGUGACGUUCCUGGGAGCUGAAACACUUGCCGGAUGGGUAGUGAUUUAUGAUUUUUACCUUUAAAUAACACCAGGUCAAAUUAUGCCUUCCUUACUCACACUGGGUAGGACUUGAACAGUCCUAUCAAAAUUGAUGGGACUACUCGCAGAGUAAAGUACUCCCUGUCAUGAAGGAGGCCACAAUCUUGCCUUGAAUUCGGAGGCUGAAGUAGUUGUGGUUGCAAAUGCACCUGUUCUGACACAUAGCUAACCUAGUUCUAACACUGCUUGCCAGGAACAGAAGAGGAGGAAUAAUUUGACAUGCUGGUGGUUAAAAAAAAAAAAAAUUGCAUGAAAAAUAAACAGCCUAUCUAAAAAGCAAAAUGUUAAAUGAGGAAGGUAGAAUGAGUGCAGAAUAAAUUUGAUAUCUUAUUGGCUAUUCAAAUGAUCACUUUUUACAUUAACUUCCCUCCCCGCCUUAGUAUGGGAAAAACAGAACUUUUUAAAACAAAUUCUGCUUGAAAGAUGUAACUGAAGAUUCUUUGAUGUAAUUUUAAGGUCUGUUAAACUUGAGGUUGGCUUUUAAAUCAAGAUUAACCCUGAUCAUUGUGCGUGUUUUAAAAGCACAGCACUUGUACACUGAGGCAUAAAGGUGAUUUUUCCCCCCUAAAUAAAUAAUUUUUAUUGCAGAUUAAAGAAAGGUGUGUGUAAAAAAUGUUCCUCUUUUUUCGUGCUUGUUUAAAAAGUGUGUGUGCUCGGCAGUUACCUCCAAAUGUGUAGUCAAAAAUAUAGGAGGAUGGGGAAGAGCAAACUCAGCACCAGAGGGGAAGGCAAGUAGAAGGCACAUAUUGUGCAUGAAGUGCAAGUUGGUAGCUGUGCUGGAGGAAAAGAUUCUUAGAAGAUUGGGCAGGGAUGGUGUCUCUAGCCUCUGUUUGCCAGAAACUGGGAAUGGGCGACAGGAUGGAUCACAUGAUGAUUACCUGUUCCGUUCAUUCCCUCUGGGACACCUGGCACUGGUUACUGUCGGAAAACGGGAUACUGGGCUAGAUGGACCUUUGGUCUGACCUAGUAUGGCCGUUCUUAUGUUAGAUUGGAGGGGCAAGUAGAGAUGUUGCUGAAAAUUAGAGAAGUAGAGACGUUCCUUGACAAACAGGUCAAGACACACCAGUACCUCAGAUUCAAGGAAGAAAAAAAGCUCAGAAUCAGAGAGAGAGAGAGAAAGUCAGACAGGAGACUUGGCAGUUGUAACCAUCAGAGGCAAGAGGUCACUGGUGUUUUACUCAGCUUCAGAGAGACAAGGAUGGGCAGGCUGCAGCCACCAGAGAGAAGAGGACCAGGAGGAAUUCCGCAAAGCUAAAAGUUUCCAAUUGACACCAGAGCCUCAACAUGGACACUGUGGAAGAUACUGUGAUACUAUGUACCUCAAAGCAGCACCCUGGAACCUCCAUAUUCACCGUGAUAGUAUUGUUUUUUUUGGUACAAAGUAUGCUUGUAAGGUAUCAUUUUGUAACUCUUGAUCUGUUGAACAAUAAUAACCUGUUGGAUUGCAUGUACUAUCAUUUUAUGUGAAGUUAUGAAGUAUUACUAUAUGUUGUGAGGUUGGGAACACCCACAACCAGCCUUUCAGUUACAACAGAGGAGUAGCCAUCACUAGCCAGAUGUUCAUUAAUGACUUAACACACAAUCCACUAUCCCAGAGGCUUCUUGGAGAAUACUCGUACACAAUGGAGACUGCUUGACUAAUGGGGACUCUCUGACCCCCUUGUCACAGCAAGGAUCUUUCUAACAGCUGGAAGAAGGUAUAAAGAGAAAGGAAGUGACAUCAUCACUUGGCCUCUCCCUCCCUCCCCUCCCCGCCAAUCUUAAUACCUGGAGGAAUGUCUGGAGGAAAGAGACUUUGAACUGGGGAAGAGUGAUCCCAGACUGGAAAGGGAGUCCAGUCGGUGUAUUGAGGAAAUGUAACCUGCUUGUACCAUCUGUCAGGUGAGAAAAGCUGUCCGAUUCAACUCUUGCUUAGACUAAAAGUUUAGGAUUUAGAAAGCGUGUUUACUUUUUAUUUUCUUAAGGUAACUCUCCCUGACCUUUAUGCCUACCACUUAUAAUCACUUCAAAUCUAUCUUUCUGCAGUUAAUAAACUAAUUUUAAUGUUU